AUGCCCACUGGACGCGCGCAGCCCGGGGGGCGGCCGGCGAGGUCUCACCGCCAACGCUCGCCUCGACCCCGGUCUCCCGUCCGGCUCCCGCCACCGCCAGGAAACCUAGCGCUGAAGGAAAAGGCCGCCUGGCGUCGGACGCGCAAAUCCCAGGACCGCAGGCGGCGGUGUGGCCGACCUCUGUCCUCCUUUUCCACUUGCCGACUCGCGCGUAUCGUGGGGCACCGCACGCAGGGACCCUGGCGCGCGGGGCGAGCCGUCGAGCGCCGCGCGAACCCGCCACCCGGAGCUGCGCUCUUCCGCCGCCUAGUGCAGGCUCCGGCUCCUUCUUCUUCACUUCGUCCUCUCUGGACCGCAAGGCCGCCCCCGCGAGGGACACCGGUGCCCAGGCGCCGCCCCCAGCGGAGGAAGCCACCACCUGAAGCUUCCGUAGCCCGGAGGAGAGGCUCCAGUGACUCCUUGCAAGAUCCGAAAAUGAAUGGGAAGGGGAGCAAGCUGGAUGACUGUUCUUAAUGGGAAUUUAAAUUCAGCCCAGAAGAAGCCGUGUAGGUUCACCCAUCCAUGUAAACGUUUGUCAGUCACCUGCUACGUGCUGCCCUGAGUUCUUGUCCCUGGAGAUGCAAGAAUGAGUAAAAGAUGGUCUGAGUAUUCUA